AAGAAUGGAAUAUAGUUGAAGUCUUGUUGAGGGAUGGAGGAAUAAAGUGUGAGUGAGUUUGGAAAGAAUAAUUGAGAUUUCUUAUUGAAGGGUUAAUUCCUUUCAUGUAAUCAAAGAUAUUCUUUUUCAUUUUCUUUAUAAUGGCGCAUUUGGGUUCCAAACACUAUCAGUCACUUGGCAAUUUGUGUGCGGUAUUCAACUUGCUGAUCGAUCUAAGGCAAAGGAAAUUUCAUGGAUAUUAUACCUGUUACAAGGGACGAAAUUGAUCACUUUGGUCACCCCCAUCCGCUCAGCAUUGUGUAUCUACAACAGCCUAAUCAAAAAGAUGAAAAUUCUGAAGACGAAGAUGAAGACAAAGAGAAAGAUGAAGAUGAUUUUGUGGAGGAAGACCAUCAUGGUGGACAAUGCAACCUGUGUGAGGAACGAAUCUGGUCAUUCCAUUUGUGUUACUACCAAUGCAAGUCCUGUGACUACUCAUUGCACAAAUUUUGUGCAGAACUACCCGAGACCCUAGUAAAUCACCCAUCACACCCUAACCACAAUCUUUUUCUCGGUCGUUUUUAUACUCGUAGAGUUAACUGUCAUGUCUGCAAUACCGAGCUUAAGGGCAACCGUUUUUAUUAUUGUUCUGUCUGCUUUAUUUGCAUGGACAUUACUUGUGCUACUAUGUCGAAACAGAAGAUAAACCACCCUAGUCACCCUCACCUACUGGAACGAAUGCCUGGGUCCAUCGUAUCUAGUUGUUCAGCUUGUGGUAAUAAACAUGAAGGGGUCUUCUUUCUAUGUACCACAUGUCCUGGGUUUCGGAUCAACCAGGACUGUGCUUUGUUGCCUGCCAAGUUACUAAUACAAAAUCAUACCGAUGGGACUUUCACUCAUUCUCAUCCACUUACCCUUGCCUAUUCCUUUUCCUCUUUCGAUCAACGAUCUGCAUUCUACCCCAUUUGUAGAGCCUGUAGUCAGCAUUUCAAAUAUCAUUUAUGGGCUUACAAAUGUGAUAAAUGCCGAUAUUAUGUGCAUGUUGACUGUGCAACUUCAAAGAAAGAACCAUUUAUGUCCAUCUUCCAACAUGAAAGCCUUGGCGAAACUUCUAAAAAUUUUAAAGAUGAUGAACAUCCGAAUCUGCUCCACUGCCCAUUUAACGAUGAAGGUGACAACCUUUUAAAGCGUCAUAUGUCUAAUCAAAAGGAGUUGAUUGAUAAAAAAAAUGAUGGUGACACGCUCAACCAUUUUAGCCAUCAACACCCACUCAUCCUUUUCGACAAGCAAACACCAGUUGGUAUAACUCUUCACGACCCCAUGAAAAGAGUUCGGCUAUUAUGUGACGGAUGUGUGAAACCAAUCAUAACAGUACCAUUUUACAUGUGUUCCGAAUAUGUUGAUGGAAAAUGUUGUUUUGUUCUUCAUGAGUGGUGUGCCAAACUACCCUCGGAAGUACAAGACUACGUGGGCCAUCCCGAGCAUACUCUUUUUCUACUGCCGAAAAUCUCUGAUAGGUUCUUUGGUGUGUUCAAAUGUACUGUUUGCAGGUUACGAUCUAAUGGUUUCGCGUAUGGAUGCACAAUGUGUGACUUUUAUGUUGAUAUUAAUUGUGCAUUCAUACCUGAAGAAAUAACACAUGAGGCUCAUCCAGAUCAUCUCCUAUUGAGAGUAAAGACUUCACCUUCUAAUGAAAUGCGUUUGUCUUGCAAAGCAUGUGAUGACCAUUCGUCGCCAAGGUGGGGAUUUCAGUGUCCCUCUUGUAAUUUCUACAUUCAUGUAGAGUGUGCUUUGUUAUUGCCUAAAGUGAUUAAGCACAAGUGUGAUAAACAUCCUUUGAGCCUUAGAUACCAUCCAGCGGAGAACCAUAUCAGCGAUUACUUUUGUGAGAUAUGUGAGUAUGCUUUAAACCCUUGGAUAUGGUUCUACCAUUGCACUACAUGUGCCCAGUCUAUGCAUGUUGGUUGUGUACCGUAUAUACUUCAAUGUGAGCAAGGUAAAUAUCCUUGGAAACGUGAUGUCAAUAGGUUUCUCAAUAUCAAAUUUGGAGGAAUGCUUGAGAUCAAAGGUCACUCACACCGCUUGGCUUUUGCUCAAGGGUUUGAGAGUGAUGGAAAGUGCGUUAAGUGUCAUCGACAAUUGGAAUUCAAUAUGAUCUUUAAGUGCUUGGAAUGUAUUAUCCAUUAAGGUAUGGCAUCAUGUUUUGUUUGAUGGAUAUCCACUUUGUCCGGGAAAAGGUCGCCAAGGGUGAAGUCCGUGUUCUACAUGUACCAUCACGAUACCAAAUAGCCGACAUCUUUAUAAAAGGAUUGCCAAAGGUUCUAUUCGAUGAUUUUCGCACCAGUCUCAACAUCCGUGAUCCUCUCGUUUCGAUUGCAGGGGAAUAUUAGAAUAAAGCUAAAUCAUAGCAAUUGAUUUGUAUCUCAUUAUUGUAAAUAAUUAACUAGAGCUUAAUUAGAGGAAGACCAUUAACUAGAGGAGACAUUCUAGGAAGACCACUGACUUGUAAAUGAUUAUAUAUAUCUUGUAAAUGACUGAUUGAAUCAGACAAGAAAUUACAAAGUCUAACAAUCAGUCGUAA